UUUCAGCAGCGUAGAGGGAAUGACAGAGAUCUUGACAAGCAACCAGGACCUUUUCCCUUGGACAUUCUCAGAGAACCAGUGACUCUUCACUGUGGACACAAUACUUACUGCAUGGGCUGCAUUAAGGGCUGCUGGGAUCAGGAAGAUCAGAAGGGAGUCUACAGCUGCCCCCAAUGCAGACACACGUUCACUCCAAGACCCGUUUUAAACAAAAAUAAUGUUUUUGCUGAGCUGGAGCAGGUAAGGAAGACCAGAAUUCAACCUCUUGCUCCUGCUCCUGUUGAAUGUUAUACAGCUGGAGAUGUGGAUUGUGACGUCUGCACUGGGAGAAAACUCAAAGCUGUGAAGUCCUGUCUGGAGUGUCUGGUGUCUUACUGUGAAACUCACUAUAAAGCUCACAAUGAACUAAAUCCUGUACGAAAACACAAGAUAGUUGAUGCCACAGGCCAGCUACAGGAGAGGAUCUGCACCCAACAUGAGAAGCCUCUGGAAAUAUUUUGUCGUACGGACCAAAGUUGUGUUUGUUCGUUCUGUCUGGUUGAUGACCACAAAGGCCAUGACACUGUCAGUCUCUGCAGGGAAAAUGGAGAAACAGGUAAGGACAGGUGACGUGGUUAUAGGGUUAGAAUUAAACAAUCUGUUCCAGUAUAGUGAAGCUGAGUACAGCAUAGAAAAAGAAC